AGAUAUAGCAAACAAGAACCAAUCACAAAGCGGAGACAAUCAGUGACAAAGACAACACACCUGGAGGAAAGACUGAGUUGAAUUAGUGUCCAUGGUAACAAAUGAGUGGGCGGAGCAACCAAUUAACAGCAGGGGCAAGACAGUAGACAGAAACAGGGCAAACACAGACAGACAGACUCAUGUACAGGUGGCAGCUUGGCAGUGCUGAGGCUUAAACCCAGAAUAUUUUGUAACAUAAAACAUAUACUUAUUCAUAUGGUGAUGUUUCCUCUGCUAUAUUUAAGCUCAGAUUUUCCACAAUGAUUCUGCACAAUCUUUUAGAGAGAAGGAUUGGUGUGGGAGGAAAAUGGCCAGCAGGAAAACCAAGAAGAAGGAAGGAGGUGCAAAACGUGCUCAAAGGGCUUCUUCCAACGUGUUCUCUAUGUUCGAGCAGACUCAGAUCCAGGAAUUUAAAGAGGCUUUUACACUGAUCGAUCAAAACAGAGAUGGUUUCAUUGACAAGGAGGACCUGAAAGACACAUAUGCAUCUCUUGGUAAACUGAAUGUCAAAGACAAUGAACUAGAAGACAUGCUUAAGGAAGCCAGUGGGCCAAUCAAUUUCACAAUGUUCCUUAAUCUGUUUGGAGAAAAACUGCAUGGUACUGACCCAGAAGACACCAUACUUAAUGCUUUUAAGAUGUUUGAUCCUGAGGCCAAGGGAUACAUACAUACAGCUGAAUUACAACACAUGCUUAUGACGCAGGCAGACAAAUUCAGUGCAGAGGAGGUAUGUCAGAUGUUCCAGUCCUCUAACAUCGACACAGCAGGAAACCUGGAUUACAAAUCGCUCUGUUACAUCAUUACACACGGAGAACAGCAGGAAGAGUGAAGAAGCUCCAGCCACAUGUUAUUCCUGCUGUUGUUUACUCUGUGUAACAUCUGCUAACAAAAGUCAGCAGUGUUUUUAUCUGCUCUAAAAUAAAUGCAUUUUAUUUCA